UGGUUCGGUAUUUUGAUUCGGUGGUGUGGGUAGUUUAGCUCGAAGCUGUCUUUCCUCCCCCAUAUGUUCUUACUUUUUGGUUUUUGAUAAUAACAACAAUAAAGAUAGAAAUAGUAAUACUUACUGAUAAAGUCUCUGAAAAGAUUUUGCGGUAGAGAGGAAAGCGGAUUGUAGAAUCGUCGGAGGGGCAAUUAACAGGAGAUGCUGAUGCUGGCUUGAUUUGAUUCAACCCAACCCAAUUCCUGCCAGGUAAUAAACAAUGAAAUGCAGAUUGUGGCCUUUGUCAAUGGACAACAUCGAUUAGGAUAGUAGCUUUCUUGUUUGAUUUCUUUCCGUGAUUUCUUAGCUCUUAGCUCUAUCACUCUGGAAGAUGGAAAGGGGAUUUCGAGGCCGAGGCCAAGGCCAAGCCCAAAGUCGUGGGAAUUCUGCUUCCUUGGUUCAUAAAUGGCAUAACCGUCUCUGUUUCUUCUGCAUUAUAUUACAGGAAAUUAAACAAUUCUUCGCCCCAACCAGGGAGAAUAUCGAUAUGGAUCCUGCUCGCUACCCUCUCCAGCAAGGAUGGGAUAAUAACAGCGCUCUUGAGGGGUAUUCCGGUGUCCAUGAGCCCAAUUUCCGGGUUGGUGGUUCAUAUGAUGAGAGGAGAUUUCUAGAUGAAAGAUACUCAAGGGAUAAUGUCUAUCCAAGAAGUGCUUACCAUCGAGAGUUUUUGGAGAGGGAUAAUCACUCCACUCCAUCUGCAGCUGCCGCUAUCUGGUCUCAAUCAAGGAGGAGAAGUUAUGAGGAAGAAUAUCCCCAUGAUAGGGAUUCUAGACAUCAUCAGAAGCCUUAUGUUGAUUCAUAUAGUGACAUGGAUACAUUUCGUGAUCAUGAGAUCACUUCAUUUCAAGAUUUUGAUAAGUUUCGGGAUGGCUAUCGUGGUGUUGACAACUUUCGUGACCAUGAAUUUGACAGGCCCUCUAGGUGUGGGGGACGAGAACGGGAUGACUACUCAUAUGAUGAUUAUGACUAUAGGCCCCGUGUUUCCCAUCAGAGCAGGGAGGACAGCCGUGAGAGGGAUUAUGAAUAUGGUCGACAUAGUUAUGAUUCUGAUUAUGAAAGUGGCAGUCGGAGAGAUGGCAAUUGGAGGAGGCGUGAAUCUCGUGAUCGAGAUCGCUUGAGUAGAGAGAGAGAUCAAAGUCCACAUAAAAGGCAUGAAAGGUCUCGCUCGCGAUCCCACGGACGUGAUGGUCGUCCCAGAUCACGGUCACCUCGAAGUCGAAACCAUGGGCGAAGCCAUAGAGAGGACAGCUAUGAUGAUGGUCGAAAUGAGAAAACUGAGAAGCGAAGGGACCGUGAAGAGAAAUAUCAGCGGGGGCAUUAUUCUGUGGCACCAUCUGCAACUAUUGUUGUAAAGGGUCUCUCACAGAAAACAACAGAAGAAGAUCUAUACCAGAUUCUUGCUGAAUGGGGGCCACUUCGUCAUGUCCGUGUAAUUAAGGAGCGACAUUCUGGCAUUUCUCGUGGAUUUGCGUUUAUCGAUUUUCCUUCUGUGGGGGCAGCACGCACAAUGAUGGACAGGAUUGGUGACGAUGGUCUUGUUGUGGAUGGUAGGAAGCUUUUCUUUGAGUACAGUAGUAAGCCAACUGGGGGCACUGGUGGACCUUUUGGUCAAGAUAAUGCUGUGAAAUCGGGUCAUUCAAAUCAUAAAAGCAUCACAGUACCUUCUGAUUGGAUGUGCACGAUUUGUGGAUGUGUCAAUUUUGCACGACGAACUUCAUGCUUUCAGUGUAAUGAGCCACGUGCUGAUGAUGCUCCACUAGCUGACAUAUCUUUAUCAAAUUCAACAUCGCUAGGAAAGAAAGGAUCUGAAUCAGGUCCUACUCAUGUAUUGGUUAUUCGUGGGUUGGAUGAAAAUGCUGAUGAGGAAAUGCUUCGAUAUGAGUUUUCUAAACAUGCUCCAAUUAAGGAUCUUCGCCUUGUUAGAGACAAGUUCACCCAUGUUUCUAGGGGAUUUGCUUUUGUACAUUUCCAUUCGGUAGAUGAUGCCACCAAAGCUCUUGAAGCUACAAAUGGAACAACCCUUGAGAAGAAUGGACAAAUCUUAAGGGUAGCAUAUGCAAAGAGUAUUCUUGGGCCAGGAUCAGGGACUUUGGGACCUUCACAGUCGAGCAGUCUUGCAGCUGCUGCUAUUGAGGCAGCAGCAUUUUCUCAACAGUAUGAUGCUGUUGGAUGGACACCAAAGGAAUAUAAUCCGGAUGACAAACAGUCUACUGGCUGGCAGGAGCAAGUUGCUGGUUCAGUUGCAGUUCAACGAGAUGGUUCAGCUUUGCAUUCUGGAUUUGUGUGGGAUGAAGCCUCUGGUUAUUACUUCGAUGCUGCUUCUGGGUUUUAUUACGAUGGAAAUACAGGUCUGUAUUAUGAUGGUAACAGUGGGAUUUGGUAUUCGUAUGAUCAACAAUCUCAGCAGUACAUCCCUUGCAGUGAUCAGAAUCACAACAGAACACCUGGUACACAAUCUGAGCCUUCCAAGGGUGCUGAUGGUUCCAUUAACAGGAAAGCAGUAAUAUCUGCACCGGCUGCUACUGUCAUGUCAGUUGAGAAGGCAGCCUCAUUACCUGAUGCGGUCCAAGCUGCUGCAACAGCAGCACUAGCUGCAGAGAAGAAAGAGAAGGAGAAGGAGAAAUCAAAAGAGAUAAAACUUGCUUCAAAAAGUAGUAUACUGGCUAAUAAGAAGAAAAUGAAUAACGUGCUGACAAUGUGGAAACAGAGGAGUUACGAAGGUCAGGCAACCCGUUUGGCUCUUGAUGACAGUCACUUGUCUGCUUCAGCUGAGGAUAGACCUCUGUCAGCUGGACAACAAGCAAAGAGCAAGGUUAAAUUUGAUGUGAUGGGCCUGAAGGAGAGUAAUACAUCAAGUUUAGGAGUCAACACAGCUGCCCAAGCUGCAUUUACUGGGGGUUUGGACUCUCCUGUCAAGCCAAGGCCUGUAAGUAACAGCUCAGGGGGAACUUUAAUGGGUGUAAUAAGAGGCUCUGCUAGGGGCCUGGUGAAGUCUGAUACUCCAUACUCUGGAUCAUCUGCUGGAGUUUCCACCUCUUCAGCUGCUGCUGCAAGUGGUGAAGGUUCUUUCUCAUCAACAAAUUCAGAUAUACCUACCGUCAUGACUCCCUUUAGGACGGAUGCAUCUGCAUUGGGUUCUUAUACUCCUACUGUAACUGGGAGUGGUAAAAGAAGGUUUUCUGAAACACCAGUGCCUUCUUCAAUCAACAAGGAGCAGUCUCAUAGCGCUUAUAGGGAUCGUGCGGCUGAGAGGAGAAACUUGUAUGGUUCAUCUUCCACCGGGGAUGAUCUGCCUGACCAUGAUUUCUGGAAUUCAAAUCGAGAUUUGGCAUCCAAAAAAUUCUCCUCAGAUCCAAUGCCUUUCCCACCUGGUGUUGGUGGUGGACGUGGGGUAAUAUCAGAUGAUGUUCAGAGUUUUGAGGUGAUCACGGCAGAGAAAGCAAUUGAUGAAAACAAUGUGGGCAACCGAAUGCUCCGCAAUAUGGGUUGGCAUGAAGGAUUGGGAUUGGGGAAGGAUGGAAGUGGAAUGACAGAACCAGUUCAAGCACAGGCCAUGGAUAGUAGAGCAGGACUUGGAAGUCAGCUGAAGAAGUUGGACCCAAGCCUUGAGGUGCAAGCCGGCGAUAGUUAUAAAACCGUCAUUCAUAAGAAAGCACUUGCUAGGUUCCGUGAGAUGUCAUAGGUAGACAGAUAUGCGGUGAUCAAAAAUCAAAAGCUAAAAAGAAGUGGAAAUUGUCUUUGUUUAUAAACAUAUUUAGAUCAUUAAUGAAUCUUGAGGUUGUUUAAAACUGUUACAGUCUAGCAAUUUGGAAGGAAAUUUAGAUUCAUAGCUUUCAAUUUUGUCUGAAAGAGUGGAGUUGUUUUGAAAGACAUUUAAUCAACCUGGAGAUUGUUAAGGUCUUUAUUUAU